GCAUCCUGCACCACGUUUCACACAGCAGCACGACCAAAAUGGUAGAUAUGCAUCAUGUCGCAGGCUGCUUUCUCAUGCAGAGUAGAUUAUCGAUAGCACCACAAUUAUGUUUAACCCAUCCACUGUUUGAAUGUAGCCACGUUCUCUUCAAUCUAUUUGUGACUUCAAACAUUCUGUAUUGAAGAUCUCAUUCCAUCCUGUGUCUGUACCUGUACGUGGCCACAAUCCAACACAAAGGAUUUCUCGGUGCAGUUUUCAUGACCCACGAAAUACCACGGUUGGUUCUCAGACUAACAUUUUCCUCUACUUGCUAGCUCUAUAGGGAAAUUUAUUCCUGGAUUCAAGACAUCGGCAGAAAAGCAUCGUCAUGACUAUCCCUACUUUGAAAUUGAAUACCGGAGCCCCAAUACCGGCUCUGGGAUUUGGUACUUUUCAGAACGAAGGAUCCCCAGGGAAGUGCCACGAUGCUGUACUUUGGGCUUUACAAUCAGGUUAUCGCCAUCUAGAUUGCGCUUGGUAUUACAAGAAUGAAGAAGAGGUUGGGUCUGGCUUGCGGGAAUUCUUGUCCAGCAACCCAAGUGUCAAGCGUUCCGAUAUCUUCAUCACCACGAAAGUGUGGCCUCAUCUAUGCGGUUCUCCUGAAGACGUCGAGUGGAGUCUGAAUUACAGUUUAGAGAAACUAGGGGUCGAUUAUGUGGAUUCUUUCUUGAUGCAUUGGCCAUUCGCCGCGGAGAGAACCGACGACUAUGAAGUCAAGAUCGGAGAUGAUGGAAAGUACAUCAUCAACAAAGAAGUCACGGCCAACUUGGAACCUAUUUGGCGUAGAUUCGAGGCUCUUAACAAAGCUGGCAAGGCAAAAGCCAUCGGAGUAUCCAAUUUUACCAUCUCAAACCUGCAAGCUCUUCUCAAGUACGCAGAUGUUCCUCCCGCCAUCAACCAAGUCGAGAUUCAUCCCGUCUGGCCUAACACUAAGUUGAUCAACUACUGUUUUUCAAAGAACAUCCUUCCCGUGGCAUAUUCGCCACUGGGAUCCCAGAGCCAAGUGCCCACGACAGGCAAAACCGUGAUCCAGAACUCUGAACUCAUCUCAAUCGCCGAAAAGAAGGGCGUUAGCAUAGGUCAGAUAUUGAUUGCUUGGGGCAUCAAACGAGGAUACGUAGUCCUUCCCAUGAGUUCGAAUGAGGGGAGAAUCAAAACCAAUGGAACACUAGUCGAUUUGACUGAAGAGGAGUUCGAAAAAAUGAACAAAGUUUCCGAGGGCAACGAAACAAGGUUCGUGGAUCUGAAAAACACUUUCGGAUGGGAAGUAUUCGGGGAUGAGUAAGGAGAUGGGUAGCCAAGCAGACAAUUGGCCGUGUCGUGCUGUCUACUCGUAUUGUUCGGUUCCACGUAACGCAAGAUAUCACUAUCAAGUAAAUUCCAACUAUGAUGCAUGUUUUCAUAUACGUGAAGCAAGCACUGCAAAAUAAGCUGAUCUGA